AUGGCGAACCGCGUCCACCGCGUCACCAUGUUCAAGCUGCCGAACAAGGACCACCAGGAGAAGCUCCUCGCGGCCUACAGGACGCUGUCUGCCGAGCAGAAGAAGGACGGCGCCCCCUACAUCCUCUCCCUCGUCGUCGGCCCCGCGCUCGCCGACCCCCGCUCCAAGGGCUACACCAUUGUGGCCAAGACGGAGUUUGCGAGCCUCGCCGACAUGCGCUGGUACGACGACGAGUGUCCCGCGCACGCCAAGCUCAAGGCCCUCGUGCCCGAGUUUGGCCUCAACCCGCCCGAGGACAUCAUGUCCAUCUACUUUGAGCCGGGGCACGUGGCCGUCUUGUAG